ACGUAGCGUCACUUGUGUGUUUACUGCAUCACAACAGGAAAGCAGAUCGUUUCCAACUCUCUCCACUGUUUUAAAAUCCUAUUUACAUUUUUUUCCACUUGUUUUUUUUGUUUCUUCCGUUUUUGAAUGUGUACUUAGUUUAAAAUGAGAGCCCUAGCGCUGUUUUUGUCCUCUGAUUCGCGCUAGCUCUGUGUGUCUAUAGUUUCCAACAUGUACACUUUGUUGUCAGGAUUGUACAAGUACAUGUUCCAGAAGGACGAGUACUGCGUCCUGAUCCUGGGCCUGGACAACGCCGGGAAGACGACCUUUCUGGAACAAACGAAGACAAAGUUCAGUAAAAACUACAAGGGAAUGAAUCUGUCAAAGAUCACCACCACGGUGGGCCUAAACAUUGGAACCAUCGACGUGGGCAAGGCUCGUCUCAUGUUCUGGGAUCUGGGAGGUCAGGAAGAGCUGCAGUCUUUGUGGGACAAAUACUACGCCGAGUCCCACGGGGUCAUCUACGUUAUUGAUUCCACAGAUGAGGAACGCCUGUCAGAGUCAAAGGAGGCCUUUGAGAAAAUGAUCAGCAGCGACACCUUGGAAGGCGUUCCACUCCUGGUUCUGGCCAACAAGCAGGACGUGUCGGACUGUUUGUCGGUGUCGGACAUCAAAACAGCCUUCAGCGACAGCGCCCCGAAGAUCGGGAAACGUGACUGCCUGGUGCAGCCGUGCACGGCCCUCACAGGGGACGGCGUAAACGAAGGGAUUGAGUGGAUGGUGAAGUGCGUCGUGAGGAACAUUCACCGUCCACCCCGACAGAAGGACAUCACAUAAGACGGCCCCACUUCCCCCGGCGCUCCGGCACGUCCCUGUGGACCUGGAACUGAUGACGUAUCGGCCCUGUUUCCCAGGACUCAACUCUUUAGGACUUGAUUACAGUCUGACGGACGUUUCCUCACCAGCACCGCUGCAGACUCACAUCUCUGACAGUCUGCACACAUGAAAUACUUCAGGCUCUAAUCAGGUGCUCACAUUAAUCUCUCCUCAUCGUUAAGUGUUUCCCCCUCCGUCUGCGUCCCCUCUUCUUCAGCCGGGGUGGUUGCAGCUCUCAGUUCCACGUUAGAGACUGAGACGAGCCGCAGGUCCAGAUCACACGGGAUUGUGAGUGUGUUCUCUGUGACGUCAGCACGGCUGCAGCCGUACGCAGGGGAACUCACCGGAACUCUCCUGAACUCACCUGAACUCUCCUGAACUCUCCUGAACUCUCCUGAACUCUCAUCAGACACGUCACCAUGGAAACUGUUGCUGGGAGAGAUGCAGAGAAGAGAUGACUACAUGUACAGACGUGCAGAAGUUACUACGCCCUCUCGCUAUUCUACUUCUUUGAGAGUGUGUGUAAAGAUAUGAUACAAAUAAUCUGAUUGUGUUGGAUCUUAGUAUUUGGUGUAAAGGACCUCAGAUUAACAACAAAAUAUUCUUUUUUUUUCUUCUUUCUUUUUUUUUAACUGUCGUUAUUUAAGCAAAAAAGAAAACCCGCUGUGGGCGAUACGGUGUACAUCCAUGAUUCAGUAGCUUGUAGUAACUGACAGUACUUUGGUUAAGGGUCAAUGACCAAUAAGGAUUUUCAACAGGUCAAUUUUUUGAGUUUUUUGUCAAGAUGAAUUGGCACUAGCCUUAAAAAAACUUGUGGUGCAACCAUGAUUCAUAUUAAAAUAAAUUAAUUUCCUUAACAUCUUUACAUCUUUUUUUUUUACAAGUUUUCAGUAUUAUACAGAAAUGGUUGUUUUUUUAAUGGUCGCGCCACAUGAUAUUUCAUAAAAUGGACAUCAGUCAAACUUUGUUUGUAUAUUAUGAUGGAAAUAUAAAUACAAAUGUGUUGCAAUCUUACACACUACAAGACACUUCAGAAAUCAUGCCAAAUAGAAGAAGAUUGAUUUAAAUACAUUUAGAGUGAUUUCAAAAAAGUUUUCACGUGUUUGACGCUUAAAACAACAGCAAAAUCCCAAAUAACUAGUAUUUUUUGUAAAAUUCAAGUGACUCCAUAUGUGGGACAGGUAGUUCAUAUAUCUGGUAUCUUCUUAUCCAUUUAAAGGAGCUUGAGGCAGGAUUUCUGAAAAGAAUUUGUAUACGUUUUAAGUUUUCUAGUAAUAAUGUCAGAUGAAGCGUUCCAAACCCAAAAGAAUGAUUCCUCUAGUGUUUCUCUCCGUUGCCUUGAACAGGCUGUGUGCUGCAAAAUGUGCUGCAAUUCGGUCCCGAAUUUCCCGCGCUGUCCUGUGGAUGUGACGUCACAUGACGCUGCAUGCACGUUCUCCCCGUUCUCCCGUGCCGGCUUCACUGUUGGCUGCAGUACCCCCAACGGCCGUCCUGGUGAAGGGUGGCGCUAGAGAGUCUCAUUUCUUAAAAGGAGCCUCAAGCUCCUUUAAACCUUUUUUGAAUUGAAGAAAAAAUCAGUUUUUCAGAAAAUAUAGGCAUCACGUCAUUGACCCUUAAUCAGAACCCAGAAUCUUUAGAUUUGCUGAUGUUUGUGAUCAUUGCCCUGUCACAUGAACCAGCUCUAGCUGUCAGAAUAAUCCAUUGAUUGAUUGAUUGACUGAUUGACUGAAGAUGCUUUCUGACAGUACCUUCCAAGCAGACCACAUUUGUUCAGUCUUCUGCUAACUGAACCUUCAGCGUUGUCAGUGAGGCCUGUAGGUUGUGAGAUGUAACGGGGUGUAUUUAUUUCUUUAAGUACUUCCUAGUCUGACUUGGGGGUGAAUUCCCCUGGACGGUGACGUCUCCUGAGGAACAGAACCAUCUCCACGCUGGUGGUCAGGCUGAGAAUGCUCCAUGGUUAAUCCCAGACUGAUCUGAGAUGGUUUCCUGAUGGAUGUGUAGCAGUGCUUGUUUCAACCCUAAUAGCUAUAGGGGGGGGGGGGGGUUGUUUGCUCUCAUCUACUACUAAGACCCACAAGGGGGCGCCAGCCUGCACAUGAGAGGAGAAGAAGAUGAUCUAAAUGAAUGUUAAAGGUGAUCCAGGGGUCUGUUCUUCCUGACACUUGAUCAGGGAAUCUAAACCUCUGCAGCUUCAGCCCCUUCACCUCUAAAUACUUCCAUGCAGCUAAUGAAACUUCAGUCUUUUCAGCCUUUUUUUCCAAAUGUUUGCUUGGCUGGAGACUCACACUGCAAAAACUACAAUAUUUGUCUUAUUUCUAGUUAAAAUGUCUCAUUUUAGUCAAAAACUCUCAUUACACUUAA